GGGUGGCAACUUCCUCCUCUCGCGUUCCUCUGAGCGUGACGUGUAUCACGGAGGACACCCUCACACUGUGGAUGGGGCUAAUAUGAAGUUAGCCCGUCCUGCUGCCGGUGAUAUCAAGUGAUUAGCGGAAGAGAAGUUCACGAGCCAACGGUCUUCGGUCGGUGCUUCUGGAGCAAUAAUGUCGGUGACGGUGUGUGGAGCGAAUGGACGCGCUGGGAGAGAUGUAUUACGCGUCCUGGUUCCGCUCUCCGCCGCCGUGUUGUUGUUGUCGGUCGGAGUCGCUGCAGUUCCAGAGGAGCACAAAGCUGCUCCGGUCCCGGAGCUGCUCCCACAGGAGAAAGCACCAAGUCCUCAUCCAAUGGGCCCUGUAGUUUCAGAGGAUGACUCUCACAAAGGAAACCUGGGUUUCAUUCACGCCUUCGCGGCCUCUAUCUCUGUCAUCAUUGUCUCAGAGUUGGGAGACAAGACAUUUUUCAUCGCAGCCAUCAUGGCCAUGCGUUACAACCGUCUCACCGUGUUGACAGGCGCGAUACUGGCCCUGGGAGUCAUGACUUGUCUCUCUGUGCUGUUUGGCUAUGCCACCACCAUCAUCCCUAGAAUCUACACAUACUAUGUAUCCACGGCUCUGUUCGCCAUCUUUGGUGUGCGCAUGCUGAGAGAGGGGCUGAAGAUGAGUCCAGAUGAGGGCCAAGAGGAGCUGGAGGAGGUGCAGGCAGAGAUCAAGAAGAAGGACGAGGAGCUGCAGCGAUCUAAACUGACCAAUGGGACUGCAGAUGUGGAGGCUGGAUCAGGGACAACGCUGCCUCAGAGAAAGUGGCACAGCUUCAUCUCACCCAUCUUCAUCCAAGCACUCACCCUUACCUUCCUUGCAGAGUGGGGGGACCGCUCCCAGCUGACCACCAUUAUUCUCGCUGCACGGGAGGAUCCUUUUGGAGUUGCUGUGGGUGGUACACUGGGACACUGUUUGUGUACAGGACUGGCUGUGAUAGGAGGGAGAAUGAUCGCCCAGAAAAUAUCCGUCAGAACAGUUACAAUCAUUGGAGGAAUUGUUUUUCUGGCGUUCGCCUUCUCUGCCCUACUCAUCAAGCCAGAGUCUGGAUUUUGAUUGGACGAAAGACUUUUCAGGUUCACUCUGUAUAUACGUGUAAAGUUUGGUUCACUUGCUGUUGAGAGAUUGUGUGUCUGUGUGUGUCUGUUUGUGUCCAACAGACCUUGUGACAAGUUGAACAGAAAGCCAAAGUCCCGUCCUCCUUCCUUUAGACAGCUCCGUUGUUCCACUACACUACAGCCUGUAACUGUGAGUGGUUUCUUAUAGAGGUUACAUUUAGUAUUAAAUAAGAUUUUCAUCACCAAAACCUUUUGGGAGUUGUUGAAUACUUAAUAAGUUUUAUCAUUAUGAAGUGCAGAGGCACAUUUUAUUUAGAACAGAAGCCUCAAUGAGGAGAAAACAUUGAGCAACAGACAUCGGUUGAUCAGAUGCACGAGAGGAGAGGAGGCAGUGCUGUGGCUUUCUGUUCGAGCUGUGUUCUCUUCACAAAGUGUGUGUGAGGAAGAAGAACACUCGCUGCCCUCCAACCCAUCUGUUAGAGGAUGUGUGGCUCAGUCAGAGCCCGACAUGCAGUACUUUUCUAUCAUCAGCCAUCUACUUCAGACAGUAAGUCCAGUUCAAAGUCAUUGCCUUUUUCCUUGUUUAUUAAUGUUGCAUGUUUGUUUUUGUCUGUUUAACAUGAGCCCAGAUGCUGGUGUUUAUUCCACCUUCCCCCCUCGGAGACACUUUUUAUUAGAAUCCACUGAAGCUGCGGUACAAUUUAAGUUGAGACAGAGACAUCAUUGAAAUAUUUCCGAGUUAUUCCCUUUUGCUGCUGAUACCACGAAGCAGUUAUUUUAGAGUCCUGAACCACUAGAAUACCUCUACGUUCAGGUGUCGCCAUACUUACAGUAUCCAGAGAGCUACUCCACAGCAAAAGGCUGAUCACAUAUUGGAGAUAUUGAUCAGGGGUUUUCAUUUUGGUCCACACCUGGUAUCAACAUCUGUCCUGAAUGUGUCUCCCGUGACCACCUGGUCGGAUCUUACUUCCCCGGUCAAUAUGCGAAUACUCACAUAAGUCAUUUCUGUUUCAAAGAACCAAAUUAUGUUUUUACUUGUGUGCGUGCGCGACAGAGUGGGUGGAGUCAGGAGUAGCUGGAUGACUCAGUGAGAUUUUAGUCAUUUCAAAAAAGCAUCAGUCAUGAUUGUGGUGCUCAGUGUUGAGUGUGUGGCCACAAUCAAAUGUAUGGACUCUUCAGGACAGAUGUUAUUCUAGAUGUGAAAGGGAUCAGUUACCCACAGCUUAAAGAGCACAGAUCAUGUUGAUGAUCGGUCAGGAAUCAGCUUCACAGGUUAAAUCUCAAAGAUCCAUUUUCAUAAACAACUUGGUGCUUCAGUUGUUACUGCCCUGAAUCACUAAAGCUGCUUUUAAACAUGGACUACACUCCGGAUAAUCUCCUGACAUUCUCCAGUGAGAGGCUCCUGACUUUCUCUGGGUUCCUCCUGCCAGCCCCCUUGUUAAAACCCCAGAAAAUGUCUGAGUGAGCCCAUGAGACUGUAAUAACACCUGAACGCUCCAGAGAUUACUGUGUUGCUCAUGAGAGACAGGAAAACUCUGUAUAAAGUCUGGACCCAUGCUGACAUUCUCCAGAGUUCUUGUCCGAGAACAGUUAAAGUCACUGAUGAAACGUUGUACAAAAGUGACACCACCAUGUCAUUUGUCCCCAUUUGUUUACCCCCUUCAGCCAUAAGCAGCUGUGUUGUAGCUACAGCGACACCUCAACCAGCAGUGUAAUAAAACUCUGUUUCGCUUUUAUUUAAAUGCUCUGUGUUUAUUUAGCUUCAUUUUCUUUUAGCGUAUGUACUGUAGACAGAGAACAGGGUGGGACAGAGGUCAAGAGAAACAAGGGAUGGAAUUAUUUUUUUAACUGAACAGGCCAAAGCUGUGUUGUCAAUAUUUGACAGGCUGUGCCCGGCUGUGAAAUCCGUCUGUUUGUGAGACAGGUUGGUUGUAAUCUGAAAAUUUCUCUCAAUAAAAAUGUUUCAUGUCUUGUC